AUAGCAUCGAUCAUUAUAAAUUGUUUAACAUUAAUGUCAAUAUGUUUGUUUUCGCAUCAAUUAUCUUGCUGUUGAACCCCGCAUCAAUCGAGCCUAGGCUAACACAUUUCCAUGACACCGGUGAUGAAAAUCAACUAUCAGGAGUCGCGUUUGACACAUCUGAUGAAACUGAUGAUGAACAAGAUGAUGAUUUGGAACUUGGGAAAAUUGAUGUCAUCAAGGAUGGAAUGUGGGUUAUUAAGGCCAAAUUGAAAGAAUUAAAAGCAUUUAACAGAGCUCUAGCCGCUAAUAUAAAAUUAACGAACAUGAAACUCAAAGAGAUAAUAGAAAAUCAAAUCGCAUUAAAAAAACAUCAACAUAACAUACAAGACAAUAAGAAUUUCAUACACAAAUAUCAGCCUCAACCUUACCAGCUGUAUGAGCCGCAGAUAUAGUAUGCUGUAUAGUGGAACAAUUCAUUCCACAAUUAAACUGCCUUUGACGUGUGGCUACUUAAAUUCUUAAUUCAAUUAUCACGCAGAG